AGGCCUUCAGUGCCCACCCCGACCUGGCGCCCUCCUCUUGACCAAGAUGUUGAUGGCCGGGCGAGGCAGCGAUGCCGAUCGCACCAAAGUUCCCGCCGUCCAACCUCCUUCUACUCCUCCUCCCUACAGCACCUUUUCACAGCUACCGCCGACGGCUCCCCUCGUGUACCCUCCUGCGGUACCGCAUCACCAACCGACGCCGCAAACCACGUCUGGUUACCACGUCAUCCCAGUUGGGUACCAAUCUCAUCUGUAUCCGACUUUUGUGGAUGGGAUACCCAUGGCCAUGAGGGAUCCUCCCCUCCCUUUCUGCGGCAUUGGCAUUGGCUGGGCUUUCGUCACUUUCUGUGUGUGGCUUUACUGCAUUUUCUCAACCUUGUAUGUCUAUUUUAAAAUGGCUUACAUUUCUUUUAAAGACUACAGAGAGAAACCAAGACUGGUUGCAUGUACAGUUGCUGCGGUUCUGGCACUCAUUCCUCUAAUCCUCAACGCCUUCAAAUUCCAUGUGUUCUGGUGACUUUCACACUAUGUAUACGCAUGUGUAUAUUGUUAACCUUAUUCCUAACCGUGCAAUGUCUUAUUUUAAGUGCAUUACAUUUAAGCUGCUUAUUUGUUUUUAACACACGCAAACUUUUGCUGGCAUGGGACAUUUUUCCAUUAUAGUUGUGCAUUCAUCAACUUAAGUGUUUUGCUUGCUGAAAAUAAUGAACACGACAGCCUUCUCA